AUGACGGGAAGUGAAAUGCUGACCGCGGGUAUCGAGGACGACUCCACGGGACCACCGAAACGGGUCGUUUACGAACGUUCCGUGUCAGACUACAGUGAAAGAGAUGUGCAGUGCGGGUUUUGGGUCUGUCGAGGCAGAUUUUGGCAACGGAUGGCCAGCAAAAAGCUGUACGUACUUCUGUUCGGUGUCGUCGGAUGUCUGUUCGGAUCAACCACUUCCUAUUUCUACGGAACCCUGACAACGGUGGAGAAAAGUAUUCAAAUCUCUUCGAAGAAUGCUGGCAUCAUUAUGGCUGGUUCCGAUCUUUCGUUUGUUUUAUCUUCACUUUUCCUGUCGUAUUAUGCUUCGAAUAGACGAAAACCACUAUGGAUUGCGUUGGGGAUUACGAGCAUGGGGCUGUCGUGUUUCGUAAAUGCCCUUCCGCACAUUUUCUAUGGACCAAAAUUAGAGGAUCUAAUGCAGAUUGUAGCUAAUACGACUACUGUAUCUGAUACCAGCAAGAAUGACAAUUUGUGUAAUGAACUUCGACCACCACCUGACUGUUCGUCGGAUAUGGGGAAUCUCAAACCUCAACUGCUCCUUUUUCUGGGUAGUUUUCUGUCCGGUUUAGGGACCUCCCUAUAUUUCACGCUGGGAUUAACCUAUUUGGAUGACAAUGUACGCAAGGAAAAGGUUCCUUUCCUGUCCAGUUUGUCGGCUUUCGGACGACGACUCGGUCCGAUGGUGGGUUUCUCGUUGGCAUCGCUGUGUUUGGAGUUCUUUGUUUUCCCUACCGUGGAUCCGGGCUACGGAAUCAAGGAUCCUCGCUGGAUCGGUGCCUGGUGGAGUGGUUGGGUGGCACUUGGAACGACGCUUCUAGUGGUUGCUCCUAUGUUCGCAUGUUUCCCAAAAAUGCUUCCUCGAGCAGCUGAACGUAAAUCGCUGUCCCGUCAGGCCAGUCGUAUGAGCGGGGAAGUAGUAGAAGAAGAAGAGGAACAGCCUCAGGCUUCAAUUAGUGAUCUACUUGUUACCUUGAAGCGACUGAUUACGAACAAAGCUUACGUGUUUAACAACACUGCCAGUAUAUUCUACUUCUUUGGAUAUAUGCCGUAUUUUCUGUUCCAGUCUAAGUACAUCGAGAUCCAGUACCGUUUGACGCCAUCACAAGCAAACAUGGUCACCGGUUCGGCAUCUUUGGUAUUCUCCGCGCUGGGUAUCCUGAUCGCCGGUGCCGUAAUCCAGAAGGUCAAACCAACCUCGCGCCAUCUGGCGGCUUGGAACAUUUUCACCAGCAUCUGCUCGGCGGGUGGCAUCUUCAUGUACUCACUGCUGGGCUGCGAAGCGCUGAAUAAUGCCUCCAUUGUCAGCAAUUCGCAAGGUGCCUUAUGCAGUGCGAGCUGUAACUGUGAUUUCGUGAAGUACGCACCGAUCUGUGGCAGUGAUGGAAACACGUACCUUUCGCCGUGUCACGCUGGCUGUAAGGAUCAGUUCAAACAAGCCAAUGGAACGAUUUUCUACAGUGAUUGCUCCUGCAUCCAAAACCCUCUAAAUAUGUCGUAUGCUUCAUUCGAAACCAACCCGUUCAAUAUGUCCACGGGGGAGGGAUUCAAUUCGGAGUCCUUCGGAACGGCAAUCUCGGGAAGUUGUCCAGUCGACUGCAUGACCCCGUUCUACAUCUUUCUGUUGGUAAUGUGCAUCACGAAGUUCAUCAGUGGAACGGAAUCGGCUGCUAACUUUCUGAUCGGACUGCGCUGUGUUGAAGAGCGGGAUAAGGCGAUUUCGAUGGGAUUUUCCAUGGCAAUAAAUACGCUGUUUUCGUUCCUGCCGGCACCAAUCGUGUUCGGUAUGAUCAUCGAUAAGACCUGCGUGCUGUGGGGUCGAACCUGCUCGAAACAGGGCAAUUGUUGGCUGUACGACGGGCUGGCCCUACGGUCAUCGAUGAACCACACCGCGGCCGUUUUCGUUAUCAUAGGGACGUUUUUCGAUAUGGGCACCUGGUGGUAUUCGAAGAACUUCCGAAUCUUCGACGAAGAGGGAAAACAAGUGCCCGAAGAUGCAAAUGUGGCUGCCGAUCCACUGGAUCCGUAUGGUAAAAGCGGUAAAGAACAGAAAGAACUGGUCGUGUUGAUUAAAGAGCAAACAGAGUGA